UGAUUUAAUUGGCUCGUUUCAUUGCCAUAGUGCCAGGAAGUUGCUGAAACUUGAGCGACAACAGUAACGUUAGCUAGCAACUGUUACAGUUGGUUUUUUUUUUUUUUAUAUAUUUGGGGUUAGCGAUAACGUUUAAGCAAUAGUUAGUGGUUAAAUCACAUGGGGUUUAUUGGUAACGUCAGUCCGUUAAAGUAGAGGUUGAACUGUUGUCGUUGUGUGUUCUUUGUAUUUAUUGAGCUAACCAGCACGUUUGCUAAUAAUGCUAGGGUCAAGUGAAUAUCAAAUUAUUGAUUAAUUGAAGAAUUUAUUGGCGCGGAAAUCAACCCAAUUUGCAGUACUAUGGAGGACAGCACCACGGAACUCGAAGGACCGAGUUGUUUGAGUGUCGGUCAGCAGUCAGAAGAGGCGACACCAACCGAUAUUAGCCACCAGAACAGUGUCGACAACGAUGGUUCGAAAGACCACAAUGGGACAUCUCAUAAUGUUGACUCUGAUUCAGGGGAUGAGCCUGAACUCCCUCUUAAACAAUUUUACCCUUACAUCCGCUGUACUCUCUGCUGCGGAAUCCUAAUAGAUUCCACCACCAUCACAGAGUGUCUGCACACUUUUUGUAAAAGCUGCAUAGUGAAACACUUCUUCUACAGCAACAGGUGUCCCAAUUGCAGCAUUGUAGUCCAUCAGACACAACCAUUGUACAACAUAAAACCUGACAGACAGUUGCAAGAUAUUGUUUACAAGAUGCUGCCACAUCUGGAAGAAAUGGAGAAAGCAAGGAUGAUUGAUUUUUACAAACAGAGAGGACUGGAGGUGCCUAAACCAGUGAUGGCGUCCCCUGCGGUCCCUGUGCUGAAGAACCAGAAGCAGAGGAGGGCAUUGCUGCCCCAGUCUGUCUUCGCCAUCCCUCCUGAACUGGACGUGUCACUGCAGCUGGAGUUUUUGGGAGCGGAAGAAGGCAUAGACGGCUAUAAGCCUUUGGAGAGGCGGUAUGUGCGAGUAUCGGGGGAUGCCACUGUCCACCAUGUGGCGCUCUUCAUCAGGAGGAAGAUGGAGCUGAGCCCCGCCUGCCAGGUGGAUGUUGUGUGUGGAGACCACCUCCUGGACCGUUACCAGUCGCUACGAGAGGUUCAGCGCUCCAUGGGAGAUGACGCUCUACAGGAUGGUCUUUUGAUUCUCCACUUUGGACUGGUGCUGGCUGCUCACACGUGAGCAGGGGGAAGGAAGUGGGAUGGAUGUGAUCCUGAUAUUAACCCUGACCCUCAGGGAACCACGGUCUUCAUUCUGCUACUAAUGCCUAACAGAAUCUUAUCACUUCUUCCUAUCAGAAGUCUUCUACUCUCUGCCACUUAGACAGUUAACAGUGAAUUGCUGAAUCCAGGGCCCCGAAACCUUCUGGUUAGGAUUAGGUUAUAGUUUAUCUCCAAGACUGAUUUCAGAGGUCUGAAAGACUACAAUGACCUGUCAUGCUACUGAUGCCAAAAGCUCAUGUUUUUGCUACACUUUGAGUUGAAUGUACACUGUUCUUUUACAUUUUUUUGUGACCAACUUUUGUAGCAGUCCCCCUCCCAUCCAUCUCCCGAGUCUCUAUUUAGACCAAAGUAUAAAUACAUAUACAUUGCCUUCGGAGAGUAUUCAGACCCCUUAAUAUAAUAAUAUAAUAAUAUAUGCCAUUUAGCAGACGCUUUUAUCCAAAGCGACUUACAGUCAUGUGUGCAUACAUUCUACGUAUGGGUGGUCCCGGGAAUCGAACCCACUACCCUGGCGUUACAAGCGCCAUGCUCUACCAACUGAGCCACAGAAGGACCACCCCUUGACGUUUCCACAUUUUGUUACGUCACAGCCUUAUUCUAAAAUGGAUGAAAUAAAUACAAAUCCUCAGCAAUCUACACACAAUACCCCAUAAUGACAGUGCAAACAGGUUGUUUUUUUUAAAUGUAAUUUUUGCAAAUGUAUAAAAAUAUAUCUUAUUUACAUUUGUAUUCAGACCCUUUGCUAUGAGACUCGAAAUUGAGCUCCGGUGCAUCUUGUUUCCAUUGAUCAUCCUUGAGAUGCUUCUAUAAUUUGAUUGGAGUCCACCUGUGGUAAAUUCAAUUGAUUGGACAUGAUUUGGAAAGGCACACCUGUCUAUAUAAGGUCCCACUGUUGCCAGUGCAUGUCAGAGCAAAAAGCUAGAGCUCCGAUACAGCAUUGUGUCAAGGCACAGAUCUGGGAAGGGUACCAAAACAUUUCUGCAGCAUUGAAAGUCGCCAAGAACAGUGGCCUCGAUCAUUCUUAAAUAGAAGAAGUUUGGAACCAUCAAGACACUUCCUAGAGUUGGUCGCUCGGCCAAAUUGAGCAAUCUGGGAGCAGGAUCUUGGUCAGGGAGGUGACCAAGAGCCCGAUGGUCACUCUGACAGAGCUGCAGAGUUCCUCUGUGGAGAUGAGAGAACUUUCCAGAAGGACAACCAUCUCUGCAGCACUCCACCAAUCAAAUCAAAUGUUAUUUGUCACAUACACAUGGUUAGCAGAUGUUAAUGCGAGUGUCACGAAAUGCUUGUGCUUCUAGUUCCGACAAUGCAGUAAUAACCAACAAGUAAUCUAACUAACAAUUCCAAAACUACUGUCUUAUACACACAAGUGUAAAGGGAUAAAGAAUUAUGUACAUAAAGAUAUAUGAAUGAGUGAUGGUACAGAGCGGCAUAGGCAAGAUACAGUAGAUGGUAUCGAGUACAGUAUAUACAUAUGAGAUGAGUAUGUAAACAAAGUGGCAUAGUUAAAGUGGCUAGUGAUACAUGUAUUACAUAAAGAUGCAGUAGAUGAUAUAGAGUACAGUAUAUACGUAUACAUAUGAGAUGAAUAAUGUAGGGUAUGUAAACAUUAUAUUAGGUAGCAUUGUUUAAAGUGGCUAGUGAUAUAUUUUACUUCAUUUCCCAUCAAUUCCCAUUAUUAAAGUGGCUGGAGGGUAGGCCUUUGGGGUAGAGUGGCCAGACCAAAGCCACUCUUCAGUAAAAGGCAGACUAGUCAGGAUCGAGGGAAAGAUGAACGGAGCAAAGUACAGAGAGAUCCUUGACGAAAACCUGCUCAGGGACUCAGACUGGAGCGUAGGUUCACCUUCUAACAGGACAACGAUCCUAAGCACACAACCAAGACAACGCAGGAAUGGCUUCGGGACAAGGCUCUGAAUGUCCUUGAGUGGCCCAGCCAGAGCCUGGACUUGAACCCGAUCGAACAUCUCUGGAGAGACCUGAAAAUAGCUGUGCAGCAACGCUCCCCAUCCAACCUGACAGAGCUUGAGAGGAUCGGCAGAGAGGAAUGGGAUAAACUCACCAAAUACAGGUGUGCAGAGCUUGUAGCGUCAUACCCAAGAAGACUCGAGGCUGUUAUCGCUGCAAAGGUGCUUUAAAAAAGUACAGAGUAAAGGGUCUGAAAACAUGUAAAUGUGAUAUUUUAAUACAUUUACAAAAAAAUCUAAAAUCCUGUUUUCGCUUUGGUAUUGUGUGUAGAUUGAUGAAAAAACUAACAUUUAAUCAAUUUUAGAAAAAGGGGUCUGAAUACUUACCGAAAGCACUGUGUCUUAUGCAACCGUGAGAUCCUGUCAUUGGUGUCAAGUUCCACUUUAAACUCGGAUCUGAAUGGGAAGAGGUCAGAUGGACCUUGAACAAGGCCUUAAAAUAAUGUUCCAGUAGGCCUAUUAUUAUAACGUCUGUAUAUGGGCUGGUAAUUUUAUGUAUUACAUUUCUAUCUUCCUAUUCUGCACCAAACUUCAAGGCUUUGUACAUGCUCUGUGAAUCAUUAGCACCCCACUAAAUUUUGCGACGAGGUAGCUUGCCUUGUCCUCGAUGCUAGCAUAAAUUGUAGCAUAAUAAUAAACAUACACCAUAUUUAAAAAUA